AUGCCACUGCUCUUCCCAGACACCCAGAUCACGCCGCAGACUGUCCUCCAGCAGGCCAACAAGGCGUCGUCGUCUGCGCCGCACUUCUUGAUCUUCUUCGCAUCCAUCGACCCGGCGACGGGCAAACCCUGGUGCCCAGACUGCUCAGAGGUCCAGUCAGAGGUCGACAGGCUCGUCCCAGAGAGCCGUAGCACCCUCGUCUUCAUUGGGGACCGGGCAGAGUGGAAGAAGCCCGACAACCCUUGGCGCAACGCUCCCUUCAACAUCAGCCGCAUCCCGACCAUCAUCCGCGUCGAGCAGGGCGGAGACCAGGUCGCCAACUCGCUCGACAACGCCCCUCGCCUGAUCGAAUCCGAGUUGCGCGACCCGACCAAGUUCCAGCAAUUCGUCGCCUGA